AUGUCUUGGUUUGGAGGCGGCAGCCAAAAGGAAGAACGAGAAAAGUCGUUCGCCAGUACCGAUACGGAUGGCUUUGAUGCCGGUGACAAUAUGCUCAGCCUCGGCGGCAGCGAUAACGGUGGUGGUGCCUCGGAAUUUCAGCAAUUCAGCAUGGGACUGCAACAGCAAUUGAUCAUUCAACAGGUCAUUACGGACUUGUCCGAUAAGGCCUUUCUGAAAUGCGUGUCGUCGACCCGAGACGGACAAUUGUCCGGUAAGGAAGUCUCUUGUAUUUACGCCGCCACCAACAAGUGGCUGGAUACCAACGAUUUUAUGGGUGGACGACUCGCCAAGAAAUCACAGCAACAGCAGCAAGGGCAGUAUCAGUAAAAAGCCGUGUCUUUUCUAAGAAUUAAUAUUCUUGCAACGC